AAAACGCAUAUAUCGCCAGAUGUCGCGUAUACACUGGAUUACCCGAAUAGGUUUGAGAGCGAACACUAGAAAUCCAAGCUGGGCACUUGAAUGUCCGUAGGAUAUUGGGAAUAUAUAGACAACCGAAUACACCCGUGAAUUAAAUGAGAAAUACGACUUCCACGCCAACCAGUUUUAAGGACUGCCAGCCAAAUGAAAUAGAGCUGGUGUGUGCGGUCGACGAGCUAAAGCCUGUCAAUGGACCGUCAUCGUUACACAAACCUGGACUAGAGACAUGGUCAUGUGCCUGGUCUAACGACAACUCGUACUUUGCUUGGUCCUGUGGAGAUAAAUUUGUCCGCCUUGUUCCGUGGGACAAACAGAAUGGAAGAUUGAAUAAGAGGGCACGUCAGUACUCUAGUGGCUCCACCAAUGAUGCAGAUAAUGUAGAGAUUCUACUGGAGAACGAAGACGAGGAUCCAGAUUCUGACCAGGAGCAGGAGCGACCUAUAUUUCUGAUUGAUUGUAAGGAUUACGUGUGGGCGGUGGCUUUUGGGUCUGGCGAUUCCGUACGCAAGGAUGACAGUCAGUCCUGGAAGAGAGUGAAGAUCAACACCAGCUCCAUUCUGGCCACAGGGUUACAGACGGGGAGGAUCAAACUGUGGGACUGUAUGACAGGUAACCUGCUGUUGGAGUUACUAGAUCACAAAGAUGUUGUGCGUGGAAUCAGUUUUGCUCCAGAUGGUAGACUUGUCAUGGCAUCUGCUGCUAGAGACGGCACAGUGAAGUUAUGGGACCUGAAUGAUGAUGGAAACAUGUACCAGACUCUGAGAACGGGAGCCAAGUGGAACAACUGCUGUAAAUGGUCCCACAACUGUAAAUACCUAGCCUGUGUGGGGAGUAAUAAAGUGGCAGUGAUUUGGAACAUGGAUGACACCUAUAAACCUUUACAGUUGAGAGGUCAUUACCAUGACAUCCUGUCAUGUGACUUCUCACCUGACAGUGCCUUAUUUGCUACAGCCAGUUAUGAUACCAGAGUGAUUGUGUGGGACCCCUACACUGGGGACAUGCUGGUAGAAUUAGGACACCUCUAUCCUCCUCCCCGACCUAUUUUUGCUGGCGGAGCCAACGAGCAUUAUGUACGAGGAGUGUCCUUCAGUAGAAAUGGACUACAGUUGUGUUCAGUGGCUGAUGAUGGAUAUCUUCGAGUCUGGAAUCUAGACGACCCCUCUGAUCCCCAGUACAUAGCUGAACAUCACAACGCCCUCUGUUGUGCAUUCUCUCCUCAGGGUCAACGAAUCUCAGUCGGGGAUCGGAUGGGCGGUGUAAUCUUCUAUGCAGUCCCCUCAUGUGUUCCAUCUUUACAACAGUUGUGCCGAAUGACUAUCAGAAAGCAUGUGAUUUCUAAAGAAGUAGACGUCCUCUACCUACCUGUGCGUUUGAAGGAAUACCUUAAAUAUCAUGAUCUGUGAUUCCAAUGAGAUUCAAUCUUACAUAUGGCAACUUUAUCACUGCAUUAAAUGCUGAUGACAUUCAGUGAACUAUUAUGUACAUUGUAUACAUAUUACAGUAUUACACAUUAUUUUAUAUCUGUACAUAUGAGAGUUUAAUCUCUAUGAUUUGAGUUUAACUAUGUAUCCUCUGCCAUUUUGUUGAAAUGUUUUUUAAAAAAUUCUGUCAAACUUAUGAGCUGUUAUGUUGUCUAGGAUGGGUGAUGGAAUGUCAUAUCUUUGGAGUUUUUCAGCAUUUGUUUUGAAAUACCAUAUUUAAUAUUCCAUUUCAAAAUAUAUUCGUUUAUAAAAUGUUAUAGAAGCUUUAAUAUUUACAAGUGCAAGGUAAAAAACAAAUUGCAUUUUACCUCUUUAAAAAAAUUGCAUUAAGUUUCGUAAAAAUGAAAACACAUUUUUGCAUAUUUGCUGUUUUUUUCCUGUGAAUGUUUAUUUUUUUUGUUGUAUACAAAGUUGUAUAUAUUAAAUGCCUUUUACUGUUGCAUGUUCUAAUUUUAUCUCAUUACAUGAAUACAGCUAAAUUAUUGCAUGCUUAGAAGACACAAUUAAACACAAUGAAAUGAAUUGUGUUUAGAAAAAAUACCAAAUAUGUGUACAAAAUAUACAAGUUUUUAAGGGUACUCUGUGAACUUCAUACAGCCUCCUCCUCAACCCAUUCCUUAUAAGCACACAAUGCAGACAUACAAUGAUACAUCAAGAGUGCAAAAUAUACAAGUUUUUAAGGGUACUCUGUGAACUUCAUACAGCCCCCUCCUCAACCCAUUCCUUAUAAGCACACAAUGCAGACAUACAAUGAUACAUCAAGAAAGCUAAAAUGUUUGUGGAGUUUGAAAAUGAAGUGAAAUCGAAGAUGUCAACAUUUUUUUUAAAUGCUCCAACAUAGUGUUGAUUGAGAUUGGUGUACAUGUACAUAAUUGCCCUUUGGAUCUUGUGGAUAUAUGAAGCGAUUCUUGUAACUGUUAGAAAAAAAUUAAAAUCUUGAGUCACACAAGUA